AUGAGUCAAACAUCUUUGAAACAGAAAAAGAAAAAUGAGAAUGGGAUGAGGCAAUCAAAAGAGAGUCUAGAAGGAGAAAAAAGAAAGGAAACUGAAAAGUCGGGAGUUCGGCUAAGCAAUCAGAUGAGGCAUGCAGUCUAUCCGAAUCACCCGCUGAGAUGUUGCCCCAUGCGGGGUCACCCGUCGUGUAGACGCUGCCUUUGUGCAGUUGAGGGAACUAGCCCCUGCCGCACAAUACGUAUUUAUAUUCACGUGUGCCUGUUGUGGGAGCAGGGCCGGCAGAUCACCAUGAUGAGGGGAUCCCAAGAAUCAUUGCAGAAGCCAGACUCUCGAGCAAGUGUGGUACGAAGUCAGUGGUCUAGGACAUCUCGGAGCCCAUCCACCAAGCCUCCAUCAGUAGAGGAGUCAAGAAGCAGGAACACCAGUCUUAAGCUCCAAAACAGCUCCACAACCUCCCGAACUUCAUGUACUUCCCCCAGCCAGGAGGACUCUCCACCACCACAGGCUUCGCCAGAACCCUCUCCACCAAUGCCCAAAACGCAGCCAGAGCCAGAAAUGCCUCUCGAAUCGCAGCCUCCCACGCCCCCCGAACCAGAGUCCAGCCAGAGGCGCAAGAAGUACGAUGCUCCCGCACUCCCAGAGCCAGAGUCCAGCAUCAGGUGCAAGAAGUAUGAGCCUCCAGAAGCCUGGGCUCAAAGCUUUGGGCGUGAUGUCCGCGAUAACCGGAACACUCUGGCGCGGGACACACCCAGCGACUCACGAGACUCGCACGUGCAGCCGCGGGAAUAUUCGCGCCCGACUCCCACCGAGUGGAAGGCCUAUUCCCAGCUUCGCACGCACUACCCUACCUCCAUCCAGAUGGAUCUCGACUGUAUGUCGGAAAUGCAACAGCAGAAGCUGCAGGAGGAAGACGAGAUAGAUGAGGCGUACUGGGCAUCCGUGAAGCUGCUGUACGAGAAAAUCCCCAGUUCCUCGCGCCCACGGCCGCCCAAACCCAAGAACGCCAUCACCAUCGCUGUGUCAUCUCGGGCACUCUUCAACAUGGUGGAUGACAGGAGAAUCUAUGAGGAAGAAGGUCUGGAAAAGUACAUGGAAUAUCAGCUCACCAAUGAGAACGUCAUCCUGACUCCCGGGCCCGCGUUCCGCUUUGUCAAGGCACUGCAGCAUGUCAAUGCUAGACUCCGAGAUCUGUAUCCUGAUGAUCAGGAAUUAUUUGAUAUUGUACUGAUGACUAAUAACCAUGCCCAAGUGGGAGUGCGGCUUAUAAACAGCGUCAAUCACUAUAGCCUACUAAUUGACCGCUUCUGUUUGACUGGUGGAAAAAGUCCCAUUGGCUAUUUGAAGGCAUAUCUUACCAACUUGUAUCUUUCUGCGGAUUCUGAAAAAGUCCAAGAAGCAAUACAAGAAGGUAUUGCCUCUGCAACAAUGUUUGGCGGAGCCAAAGAUAUGUCUUACUGUGACACACAGCUCCGUGUGGCCUUUGAUGGGGAUGCUGUCCUCUUCUCUGAUGAAUCUGAACAAAUUGCCAAAGAGCACGGGCUGGACAAAUUCUUUCAACAUGAAACACUAUUUGAAAAUAAGCCGCUUGCUCAGGGUCCCUUGAAAGGCUUUCUGGAAGACUUAGGCAGACUGCAAAAGAAGUUUUAUGCCAAAGAUGAACGGUUACUUUGUCCUAUCAGGACCUACCUGGUUACAGCCCGAAGUGCAGCCAGCUCAGGUGCCCGGGUGCUGAAGACUCUUCGCCGCUGGGGUCUAGAGAUAGACGAAGCUCUUUUUCUUGCGGGAGCCCCUAAAGGUCCCAUCUUGGUGAAGAUCCGGCCCCACAUCUUCUUUGAUGACCAGAUGUUCCACAUUGAAGGGGCAAAGAAAUUAGGCACCAUCACAGCUCAUGUACCUUAUGGAGUUGGCCAAAAAUACCACACUUAG